AUGCCACCGGGCGAUUGGUCGUACGAGAUUGUGCUGGGCGACCCGAUGGCCAUUGUGCUUAUGGACGCGUGGGUCGUGUCCCUCUACUACCUCGAUAUCUGGGUCAACGUCACCGACUUUGGCGUCGCUACGAUGCAAAUGCAGGUCUGGUUUGCGUACUGGGGUCUCUGCCUCGUCUCGCACGUGCUCAAGCGCUGGCGCAAAGAACAUUGCUUUUCCGAAGUCGACUCGACACUUCUUGCGGUCGCGGUGACGGUUUGCAGUCCCAUUCUUGUGUUCAUGUUGGAACACAUUGAGAACUGUGCCGGCUGUACCAAAGCCUCUUCUACUGCCUCGUGUCCACGGCGCUUCUGA